GAGGGACACGAAGGACGCAGCUUGGCCAUACAAUGGCCGGGCUCGCCGAUCGAGGCUCCGGGGCAUUCGCCGACAGCCGCCAUAUCCUCAAGCUCUCCACAGGCAUUUGCCGGGUCACCGGCAGCAGCCUCCCCUGGCAAGAUCGCCGCGCCGCUGCGCGAUCCGCUUCAGACGGCCCAGUGGCCCGCUUCACCGGGCGAGGCUCGCAGCCCAUCUACGGGAUCUGUGGCGAAUGGCAUGCAGACCUCAACAUCUCCAGUGCAGGCGCCGGCAUCUGGAACAGCGCAUCCUCGUCCGUGGGCCACAGGGCCUUCCGAGGCCUCACACCCCGGCAUCGCAAACGGCUCGCCAACUGCAAGCUCACCAGUGCAGGCCGGCGGCCCUGGGCAGUGGCCGGCAUCACCUUUUCAGGGGGCAUCUCCUGCAGCACUGAGUGGCAGCCUUGCUGGACAAUGGCCUGCGUCACCCUCGGAGGCUUCCGCGCCCGAGACUGGCCUCGGCCAGUGGCCGCUUCAAGAGGCGUCUUCUGUGCCCCGGCCCAGCAACAACCCAGCCGGACAGUGGCCUGAGAUGCCUGCACAG